UGCUGGGUCAGGUUGGGAUUGGUGUGUGUUACCGUGUACUCUGGCUGUGCUGGGUCAGGUUGGGAUUGGUGUGUGUCACUGUGUACUCUGGCUAUGCUGGGUAUCAGACGGGUCAGGUUGGGAUUGGCGUGUGUUACCAUGUACUCUGGCUGUGCAGGUUCAGGUUGGGAUUGGUGUGUGUCACUGUGUACUCUGGCUGUGCUGGGUCAGGUUGGGAUUGGUGUAUGUCACUGUGUACUCUGGUUGUGCUGGGUCAGGUUGGGAUUGGUGUGUGUCACUGUGUACUCUGGUUGUGCUGGGUUAGGUUGGGAUUGGUGUGUGUUACCAUGUACUCUGGCUGUGCUGGGUAUCAAGACAGGUCAGGUUGGGAUUGGUGUGUGUUGCUGUGUACUCUGGCUGUGCUGGGUCAGGUUGGGAUUGGUGUGUGUCACCGUGUACUCUGGCUGUGCUGGGUCAGGUUGGGAUUGGUGUGUGUCACUGUGUACUCUGGCUGUGCUGGGUCAGGUUGGGAUUGGUGUGUGUUACCGUGUACUCUGGCUGUGCUGGGUCAGGUUGGGAUUGGUGUGUGUCACUGUGUACUCUGGCUAUGCUGGGUAUCAGACGGGUCAGGUUGGGAUUGGCGUGUGUUACCAUGUACUCUGGCUGUGCAGGUUCAGGUUGGGAUUGGUGUGUGUCACUGUGUACUCUGGCUGUGCUGGGUCAGGUUGGGAUUGGUGUAUGUCACUGUGUACUCUGGUUGUGCUGGGUCAGGUUGGGAUUGGUGUGUGUCACUGUGUACUCUGGUUGUGCUGGGUUAGGUUGGGAUUGGUGUGUGUUACCAUGUACUCUGGCUGUGCUGGGUAUCAAGACAGGUCAGGUUGGGAUUGGUGUGUGUUGCUGUGUACUCUGGCUGUGCUGGGUCAGGUUGGGAUUGGUGUGUGUCACCGUGUACUCUGGCUGUGCUGGGUCAGGUUGGGAUUGGUGUGUGUCACCGUGUACUCUGGUUGUGCUGGGUCAGGUUGGGAUUGGUGUGUGUCACUGUGUACUCUGGUUGUGCUGGGUCAGGUUGGGAUUGGUGUGUGUCACUGUGUACUCUGGUUGUGCUGGGUCAGGUUGGGAUUGUGUUCCAAAAAGUCAGAUUUGCCUAGUGAGGACUGUGACAACCGGGGCUGGCUGGCUCGCCAGUGUGAAUAA